CACAAUUAGCAGCAAAUACUAACGAAUAAUGAAUUGUGAACUGACAUUGCUAAUAAUAUAAAAGCAAUUCUAGACACAAGUCAACUGAGACAACCUUUGCUAAUGGUGGCUAACCUUCCGCAAAUCACCCUGUAGAGGAGAAAAUUCUAGAAUUCGAAGACGGAUGUUUCAUAUCAGCUUCCCAUAAAUUUAAAAUUUAUAAUUCCGAUUAACCUUCCUUUCUCUCUCUCUCUCUCACACACACACACAGACGCACUCUCUCGCUCUUUCUCUCUCUCUGCUUUUCUCUCUCUCUCUCUCUCUCUGGAAGGAUUUUUUUCGUUUGUCAUACACUACUACAAAUAAAUAAAUAAAUACAUACGGCUUCCGAUCACUUAUUUUUAUUUUCUUUAGAGUGGUGAAAUGGUAAAGAAAAUUCUUUUUCUUCAAAAAUUCCCAAAAGAUAUUUGGAUCAAAUUAUUGACACCAAUAGUAAUCCUAUAACUUAAAUGAUUUAUUUGCUGCUUACAAAAUGACAUCAAAAAAAUGUUUCUGCACCAGCCUUGUGGUAUCCGGCCUCCCACUUACUUCCUAUGCACCACUUUAAAAUGCCUCAAUCAAAUUCUUCAUAGAAUAUUCACCGCGAAGGGGUGUGACGUAUUGAAAAUCAGUACAACGGGACCCUUUAAUUUCGAUGAUUACAGGGAAGGAAUACAGGAGGAAAAUUUUCCGCAUGGGCGGAGUUAAAGAUUUCCUCGUAAAAGUUUAUUUGUUAGAUUAAAGUUUUCGUCCUGGCAGUCAGUGCUUGGUCUGAAGUUAUCAAACGAGUUUUAACAGCUACGCGUGGCAGAAAGGAUGUGUAAAAUACAGGACGUAUUGGAACCAUCCAUUCUCACACUCCCCAAAUACUUCAUGAUGUCCGCCGGUAUAUGGAAACUGGACCUGCCUACGAGCAAUUACGUAUAUCGCAGAAUUUAUGAGAUCUACUCCGCAUUCGUGAGGAUUUACUUUCCGCUGUUGGUGUCGUCUUUAUCCAUCCAAUUCGUGAUAUCGAUAGGCAAUGACAAAAGCUUGGACGACAUAUUCAAAGAGUUGUCCUUCAUUAUAAUACUGGCGAUAGCGGAAGUCGGCGCCAUACUAUGCCAGGGGAACGCAUUCAAGCACAUCAUGUCUUCUAUAAUCGACGAAGAAAGGCGAAUACACGAAUCAGGGGACGAUGACGUAUUACGCUACCAUUCGGCCCAGAUUAAAUUUUGCAACGCUGUGGGCUUAACGAUAAUCGUUUUUGUGAUGGGCACCGCGACCUCUAUAGGUUUGGAGAACAUUUGGAAAAGACUAGAAGUGGAGAAGUUCAACAAAGAACACAACGAGUCUGCUGCAAAACCUUUCAUCUAUGAACUAUACCUGUACAAGUUAGAUCCGUACAAGUAUCCUAACUUUAUGCUGUUUGUGAACUAUUUUGUGCUCUAUGUCAACGCGUUUCCAAUCAUUUCCACCAAGAUCAUUUUUAUUUCGUGCAUCGUUUUCACAUCUUCCAGUUUGAGGAGGCUUCAGGUCGGAUUUCGGAAAACCGCAACCACCUCAACCCGUCUUGUAGACCUCAUUCGACAACACCAGCGAGUUAUAAGAUUCGUGGAGAAACUGAAUGAUUCGAUAAGGUACAUGAUCCUGAUGGAAUACCUUCUGAAUUCCCUCGACGUUGCAGCAGUUUCCAUACAAUUUAUCGCGUAUGAACAGGGAAUUCCGAUUUCGCCGCUGACCUACUUCCUUUACCUUUUCGUGCAAACUUUCGCACUGGGUUGGAGCGCUAACGAAAUACAAAUUCAGAAUUCAGAUUUCUUCACGUCGCAGAUAUAAAAAUGGUGCCUGAAAAACACCAAGCGCUGGAAAACCCGAUUCUAACGCUACCCAAAUACUGUAUGAUGUCAGUGGGGAUAUGGAAAUUAGAUUUGCCCACAAAAAAUGACGCAUCCCGCAUAGUUUACGGCAUA